GAACCAAUCGGCUCCCUGCUCAUCCGCCCGCUACUUCACUUCUUAUCGGAAACAAACUCCUCCUUCCUAAUCAACCUCUAUCCCUACCGAAUCUACAGAAUCAACUCCGAGAUCCCGAUCGCUUUUUGCUUUUCGAGGAAUAUCCUUUCAAUUUCCGAGACGAUGUGA